CGGGGCCGGGAGCGGGUGCGGGGCCGGGGCAGCUCUCCCUCCCGCGGCAGCCAUGGCAGAGGGCUCCGAGAAGGUGCCCAUCGCCCGAGUGGGGCCUGAAGAUGUGGAGCAGUGCGUGCCACCCGCGUACGCGGCGGCGGUGCCCCCCGGGCCGGGGCGGCUGCUGAAGGCGGGGGCUGCGGUGCUGAUCGCAGGAGCUCUCCUCCUCCUGGCCGGGGCCAUCGGCGCCUUCUACUUCUGGAAAGCCACCGAGCGGCAGGUGUACAAUGUUCACUACACUAUGAGCAUUAAUGGAAAAGUACAAGAUGGAUCAAUGGAAAUUGAUGCUGGAAACAAUUUAGAGACAUUCAAAACAGGAAGUGGGAGUGAAGAAGCUGUUGAAGUUCAUGAUUUUCAGAUUGGCAUAACUGGGAUCCGCUUUGCUGAAGGAGAAAAGUGCUACAUCAAAGCUCAGCCAAAAGCACACGUCCCUGAAGUUGAUGCUAUGACUAAAGCAAGCCUCUCAUCUGAGCUGGAAGAUGAAAUCAUGCCUGUGAGAUUUGACGAAAACUCCCUUAUCUGGGUGGCUGCAGAUGAGCCUAUCAAGCGUAACAGUUUCCUAAGCCCUAAAAUUUUAGAGCUUUGUGGGGAUCUUCCAAUUUUCUGGCUGCGACCAACAUAUCCCAAAGAUAACCAAAGGAGAGAAAUGAAGAGAAACAAACGCCAGUCAGAAUCAAAUUCUGAUAUGGAAGACUUGGAAGCUGCUAGUGAAGAAGUAAACACUAGGUCACCCACCAUGCAGCUGACUCAAGAGCUUGAUCACCAGCCUAAUGAAACCAGGCCAACGGGAGAAGAAACCGACCAAACACUUAAUCCAGACAACCCCUAUAAUCAACUGGAAGGUGAAGGCAUGGCUUUUGACCCCAUGCUGGAUCACCUCGGCGUGUGCUGCAUUGAAUGCAGACGAAGUUACACGCAGUGCCAGAGAAUCUGUGAGCCUCUCCUGGGCUACUACCCGUGGCCUUACAACUACCAAGGCUGCCGUACUGCCUGCCGAAUCGUCAUGCCCUGCAGCUGGUGGGUUGCUCGUAUCAUGGGUGUUGUGUGAGGAAAAGCAGGUGGAGCCUUGACAAAAUAAGUAGGAAUGCCAUGACAAACUGGUAAAAGGCUACAACCAAAGCAGCAGUACCAAUCCUGGCUUUUAAAAAUCAAAGUGUAUGUUACUGCACCAAAAGCAAGGUCAGAUAUUCACACUGUAAAUAAAAAUCUUAAUAUUCCAUUAGCUUUACAAAUGACAAGGGCAUACUCGCUUUUACUGAAUUCAAAAACUAAAACAUCCCCCCAAAAGACAGUAUUAAACUUGGCUCACAAACUGGUUUAGCAGUCCAGAAGCUUGCUCAUAAAUUCAAAUUCUUAACAAAACCCUCUCUUCUUUCCAUGCUACAAGUGAAAAUUUACAUCCAAUUAGGCAACUAGCUUAAUUUGUACACUUGGGAGUACCUUUCAUCCAUGUAGCUUACUUAAAUAAAUCACAAGUUAAGUUGCUCCCCGUUGCUAUUCACACCGAGUUGCCAGGUCAUUAUGAAUGGUUAUAAACCAAUUACAGCAUACCUUUCCCACAAAGCUGCUCCGGGGGACACGGGAAAGCACCCAUUGUGCCUAAUCGGAAACAAACAGCGGGAAAAGAGGCUGCGGAAGGGAAUGUGCGUGGCUGCAGAAUCAAAACCCUUCGCACAUCCUAACAUCAAAGAAACCCCAGCAUCAAGAAUCUUGUAUCCAUGAUACCACCGUAGUGUCUAACAAGUAUCUGCUAUCCAGCUACUACAGCAGAAGUAUUUAUAUGCAGUUGCAGACCAAACAGUCUCAAGGCCUCUUGGAAUUGACAACAGCCACUGUAUUUAUAAAUCCUUGAACUAGACACUUCUGACACAAGAUUUCAACCCCUCUUUAUUCCACAUGGAUAACAGCCAUUCAUUCUAGCUCCUUCCGCUUUGCUAAAGCUAACCUCCAAUCCCCACAAGAAAAACUACUUACCAGUAAGGAGGAAAUAAAAAUAAGAGAGGAUUUCCAACCUCACCCUUUUUGCUUAGGCAAACUGCAAUUAUUGGGAUUGAUCUUAUUACAUAUUAAGUCUUUAAGGAAGGUAGUAAGCUGAAACACUCCCAAAGAUGGAAUGACUUAAGGUACCUAGCCUUGAAAGAAACUGGUAAGAGGCAUUACACUGCCCUCAUACAUACUAUACAUCUUGAACCCUACCACUGAGUUAAUGGAGCCAUCUACAUGGGCUUUAUAAACAGACUUAUCUAUUUUUUCUUGAAGUUCACUUCCAUUUUUGUGACUAAACUACUCUUGAGAUGUUGGAAGCCCAGUAAGAUUACUAACACUGCGUGACACACAGAAAAGAGGACUUAAUUUGACAUAAUCAUGGCUUAAAGAAAAUAAAGGCAACCUCAUAUGGAAUGCUAAACUGCAUAUCUAAAAAGCAAAGUGUUAAAUGAGAAUAAGAUGAGAACAGAAUUCAGUAUUUUGUUCUAUUGUAGCCUUUUUUUUAACAGAAGCUUCACCUUCCCUUAAUCUGAAAAACAGACUUGCUUUGAAAUGUUUAAAUUAAAAACUUCUUAAAGUGGGAUUUCAAGGCCUGUUAAAUUUGAGUUUCUGCUUUUUUAAAAUGAAAAUGACCUUGAUCAUUAUGUUGUUUUAGAAGUACGUCAUUCAUACGCUUAGAAAAAGUUUUACUUUCUCUUUUUUUUACUGCAGAUUAAAGAAAUACAUUAAAAACCA